AUUCAAGUUAGAACCGGUGGUGGUGCAGUCGCGCCACCCCGGAAAGGGGGAGCUGCUGGCAGCUCCCGACAUGGCUCUUUUCAUGUGGGAUGCUUAAGGACAGCUGGCAGACAGAGUAACUUGCAGAGGAGAGAAACUGGCAUGAGGAUUCCGCCAAAAUGGAAGGGCUCCUGUCUCCAAUGAGGACGAAGAUGACGGAGGGCCGUCGAUGUCAAGUACAUCUUCUUGAUGACAGGAAACUGGAACUCCUGGUGCAGCCCAAGCUUUUGGCCAAGGAGCUUCUUGACCUCGUGGCCUCUCACUUCAAUCUGAAAGAAAAGGAAUACUUUGGAAUAGCAUUCACCGACGAAACGGGACACUUGAAUUGGCUCCAGCUAGAUCGGAGAGUGUUGGAACAUGACUUCCCUAAAAAGUCUGGACCCGUGGUCUUGUACUUCUGCGUCAGGUUCUACAUAGAGAGCAUCUCCUACCUGAAGGACAAUGCCACCAUUGAGCUCUUCUUUCUCAAUGCCAAGUCCUGUAUCUACAAGGAGCUUAUUGACGUCGACAGUGAAGUGGUGUUUGAAUUAGCUUCCUAUAUUUUGCAGGAGGCAAAGGGAGAUUUUUCCAGCAAUGAAGUCGUGAGGAGUGACUUGAAGAAGCUGCCAGCCCUUCCCACCCAAGCCCUGAAGGAGCACCCUUCCCUGGCCUACUGUGAAGACAGAGUCAUUGAGCACUACAAGAAGUUGAACGGCCAGACGAGAGGGCAGGCGAUUGUGAACUAUAUGAGCAUCGUGGAGUCUCUCCCAACCUACGGGGUCCACUAUUAUGCAGUGAAGGACAAGCAAGGGAUACCGUGGUGGCUGGGCCUGAGCUAUAAAGGAAUCUUCCAGUAUGACUACCACGAUAAAGUGAAGCCAAGAAAGAUCUUCCAAUGGAGGCAGUUGGAGAACCUGUAUUUCCGAGAGAAGAAGUUCUCAGUGGAAGUUCAUGACCCACGGAGGGCUUCGGUGACAAGGAGGACAUUCGGGCAUAGCGGCAUUGCUGUGCACACGUGGUAUGCCUGUCCAGCGUUGAUCAAGUCCAUCUGGGCUAUGGCCAUUAGCCAACACCAGUUCUACCUGGACAGGAAGCAGAGUAAGUCCAAAAUCCAUGCAGCACGAAGCCUGAGUGAGAUCGCCAUCGACCUGACUGAGACUGGCACGCUGAAGACCUCGAAGCUGGCCAACAUGGGAAGCAAAGGGAAGAUCAUCAGCGGCAGCAGCGGGAGCCUGCUGUCCUCAGGUUCUCAGGAGUCAGACAGCUCACAGUCGGCCAAGAAAGACAUGCUAGCUGCCUUGAAAUCCAGGCAGGAAGCUCUGGAGGAGACGCUGCGCCAGCGGCUGGAGGAGCUUAAGAAGCUGUGUCUACGCGAAGCCGAGCUCACGGGGAAGCUGCCAGUUGAAUACCCCCUGGACCCUGGGGAGGAGCCCCCUGUUGUCCGGCGACGAAUAGGGACUGCCUUCAAGCUAGAUGAACAGAAGAUCCUGCCUAAGGGAGAGGAAGCAGAGCUGGAACGCCUGGAACGUGAGUUUGCCAUUCAGUCCCAGAUUACGGAGGCUGCCCGCCGCCUCGCCAGUGAUCCCAACGUCAGCAAGAAGUUGAAGAAACAGAGGAAAACCUCGUACUUGAAUGCACUGAAGAAGCUGCAGGAGAUUGAAAAUGCCAUCAAUGAGAACCGCAUCAAGUCGGGCAAGAAACCCACGCAGAGGGCUUCACUCAUCAUAGACGAUGGAAACAUUGCCAGCGAAGACAGCUCGCUCUCCGAUGCCCUUGUUCUGGAGGACGAAGAUUCUCAGGUUACCAGCGCAAUAUCCCCUCUGCAGUCCCCUCACAAGGGACUGCCUCCUCGGCCACCAUCGCACAACAGGCCUCCACCUCCCCAGUCUCUGGAGGGACUCAGGCAGAUGCACUACCACCGCAAUGACUAUGACAAGUCACCCAUAAAGCCCAAGAUGUGGAGCGAGUCCUCUCUGGAUGAGCCUUAUGAGAAGGUGAAGAAACGCUCUUCCCACAGCCAUUCCAGCGGCCACAAGCGCUUCCCAAGCACAGGGAGCUGUGCUGAAGCGGGGGGCGGGAGCAGCUCCUUGCAGAACAGCCCUAUCCGUGGCCUGCCGCACUGGAACUCCCAAUCCAGCAUGCCAUCCACACCAGACCUGAGGGUCCGGAGCCCCCACUACGUCCAUUCUACGAGGUCGGUGGACAUCAGCCCCACGCGACUGCACAGCCUCGCCUUGCACUUUAGGCACCGGAGCUCCAGCUUGGAGUCCCAGGGCAAGCUCCUGGGCUCGGAGAAUGACACGGGAAGCCCCGACUUCUACACCCCACGGACUCGUAGCAGCAAUGGCUCGGAUCCCAUGGACGACUGCUCGUCUUGCACCAGCCACUCGAGCUCGGAGCACUACUACCCAGCACAGAUGAACGCCAACUAUUCCACGCUGGCUGAGGACUCGCCAUCCAAGGCGCGCCAGCGGCAACGGCAGCGGCGCCGUGCGGCGGGCUCGCUGGGCGCCGCGGGCUCCGGCAGUCUCCCCAACCUGGCGGCGCGGGGUGGCGCGGGCGGCGCGGGCGGUGCGGGCGGCACGGGCGGGGUCUACCUGCACAGCCAGAGCCAACCCAGCUCGCAAUACCGCAUCAAGGAGUACCCGCUGUACAUCGAGGGCAGUGCCACGCCCGUGGUGGUGCGCAGCCUGGAGAGCGACCAGGAGGGCCACUACAGUGUCAAGGCGCAGUUCAAGACGUCCAACUCCUAUACAGCUGGAGGCCUCUUUAAGGAGAGCUGGCGCGGCGGCGACGAAGGCGACGCGGGCCGCCUGACGCCAUCGCGCUCGCAGAUCCUGCGGACUCCGUCACUGGGCCGCGAGGGUGCCCACGACAAGGGCCGCUCUGCUGUGUCGGACGAGCUGCGCCAGUGGUACCAGCGCUGCAGCGCCUCGCACAAGGAGCACAGCCGCCUGUCGCACACCAGCUCCACCUCCUCAGACAGUGGCUCGCAGUACAGCACCUCAUCCCAGAGCACCUUCGUGGCGCACAGCAGGGUCACCAGGAUGCCUCAGAUGUGCAAGGCCACAUCAGCUGCCUUACCUCAAAGCCAGAGAAGCUCAACACCGUCGAGUGAAAUUGGAGCCACUCCACCAAGCAGUCCCCACCACAUCCUAACUUGGCAGACUGGGAGCUAUGACAGCUGUUUCCUGGAUUCCUCCCUGUAUCCAGAAUUAGCUGAUGUCCAGUGGUACGGGCAGGAAAAAGCCAAGCCCGGGACCCUCGUGUGAGCCAACCCGGCCUGCUCUGACCACCUCGACACCAUUUGGAGUCACCUCACUGCCUCUCAUUUGCCUUACCCAGACGCACUGUCACCUGCACCAGCUUCAGCCCUCAGCACUUUUUUCUCCCGUCUCCGCAUUCCCUUCAUCCUCCAAACCUGACUGAGGAGACAUUCUGGAAGGUUCCGGUCCCACUGUGUGUCUCCUGGCUCUCUUGGCCACAGAGAGCCAGACAGCAAUCCUCAAUGGCACCUCAGUGGCUUCCCUCUGCCAUGGCAGUCCCCAGGCCAGGGACUGUCAGGGAAGCCAGCUGGCAUCAAAUUCCUGCAGACAAGUGGCACUGACAGAGAACAGGACAGGGGCCUCAAGUACUGGGUGAUCCAAAAGGACAAUGAAGCUGUGUCCAGGCUGCUCCACCAAGGCCAGCCAAGUAUGUCAUGAAGAGGACGCCUGGGAGGGAUGUUCGGUCUACACCUGAAACACCCCUUUCUUCACAAGGCAGCACUUAAGGGAGUGGCUGUGAUGGGCUGGGAGGGACUUAGAAAGGAAAGACGUUCAGACACACACAGGAGGACCACAAUUAGUUUUGUGCUGCCAAAGAUGAAACAAAUUACAAAAAUACACGAAAAACAGGAGAGGGGCCAAGAAGACAUUCUUUCUGCAGCAAAACUUCAUUUAAAUUCUAAACUGUGACUACACCCUACAAGUCAAGGUCACAAGUUUGUAAAUGGCAUCCUCUACUCAAGCCUCUCUUCUGUCUUGGGGCCACAUCCCCCUUCGCAGACAGCCUGGAAGGUACCCCGGAGUGCAGGGCAAGGACGAGGACGCAUUGGCUGGCACUGCUGCCCCGAGAGCCUGCAGCAGCCUGGACAGGAAGGAAGCCGGGAGCAGAGUGUGCUGGAAACCCUGGACCGUGCAGGGGGUUGAUCCCCAGACCGCCUACAAAGCUGCUUUCCUCUUGGGAUUUGUAGUAAACAUAAGGUGAUAAUUGCCAAAAGUGGUUCUCUCUCAUUAAACCAACCAGUAAAUGUG